AUGGCAACGAGCGACAGGAAACAAGAAUUGAAAAUUGAUGUCACGAGUGACAAUAUUUGUCCUUGGUGUUACGUUGGCAAACGUCGUUUGGAGAAAGCACUGUCUCAAAUUGACUCGUCACGUGUUAAUGUUUCAGUAUCAUGGCAUGCUUAUGAAUUAGAUCAUGGUUUACCUCGCGAUGGUUCACUUCUCAAAAUGGAUCGUUAUAAACAAAAGUUUGGUGAAGCACGUAUUAAACAAAUGUUACCAACAAUGAUGGAAACAGGUAAACAAGAAGGAAUUCAAUUUUCAUUUGGUGGAAAAAUUGGCUCAACAUUUGAUUCACAUCGUCUUCUUUAUUAUGUUAAACAACAAGAGAAUGGUGAACAGAAACAGAAUGCUUUGAUCAAUGUUUUAUUUCGUGCUUAUUUCGAACAAGAACAAGAUCUAGCUGAUCAUCAAGUUUUAAUCAAAGCAGCGGAAGAAAUUGGACAAGAUGGAAAUCAAGUGAAACAGUUUCUUCAAUCGGAUCAAUAUAAAAAAGAAAUUCAAGAUGAAAUCAAUCACAGUCAACAAGAGGGAAUUUCCGGUGUUCCACAUUUCGUUAUCAAUGACAAAGUUGAACUGAGUGGUGCACAAGAUCCUCAGCAAUUUCUUCAAGCUUUUCGAAAAGCUGGCAUUACUUUUUAA